AUGAUUGCCUGUCGCCCCAAACGGCACCGAAGACAAAGAUCGUCGCCAUCCUGGAUUGCUGCCGCACACCUGCUUUCCAGCCGCUGCCAACUGCGGUUUCGUUUCCUCGCAGAGGCAACUUCUACGUCAUGUUCGCAUGUGGAGGUGGCCAAGUGGCCCGUGAAACAGGAGGCUUUGAUGGAUGAUCUUGAAGCUCGAUUGAGAGAGCCUGGGUUCCUAUGCCUGGUGGCGACCUCGGGACUGGCAGGGGUCGGCAAGAGCCAACUGGUCCUUGAGCUUUUACACGCCAAGUGCAAGGACAGAAGAAUUGUAUGGUGGUUGCGCGCGGAAAACUUGGUCACUUUGCAGCAGGGACUUGCGCAGCUUGCCACCCGAAUUUCCCGCGCAACUGAGAUCGAGGCCAAUCAUGACAUGGAGACGCUGGAGAAAGCUGCGCUGAAAGCAGUCCGCGCAUUGGAGGAAGAGCUGCAGGCUUGGGUGCUGGUUUUCGACAAUGCGCCAAACCAUGAGACCAUAAAGAGCUGGAUUCCGAAACAAGGCGGCGUGGUGCUUGUUACUUCUCGCAGCCCGACUUGGGACGACACAUUGCAGGUACCAGUCUUUAGUGAGCAGGAGUCCUUGGAGCUGCUUGAGAGGCUUGUUGGGAAAGGAGAUGCCUUUGAUGGGGCCAAGGAAGUCGCUGAGGCAGUGGGUCACCAUCCCCUGGCGCUAGCUCAAGCGGGCGGCUGGGCCAAGGAGUGUAAUCUAGGGUUGCGAAAGUAUGCCGAGUUGUUGAGCAAGCCAAACGAGCGAGUGGAGCUGCUGAACAAAUGUCCAUCCUUACAGCUACAACAAGACUAUGAGGCUACCAUAGUCAAAACUGUCGAUUUGGCGGUGCAGGCCCUCCGGACUCCGUUUGCAAGUCAGGUUUUCAAUGUUUGUGCAAUGGCGGCACCUGACAACAUUCCGUAUGAACUUCUGAUGGCGGUGUACCGCGAGCUGGCUGGAAAAACAAGCUCCGAGACAGCCUUCUCUCAGGUCUUGAAAGAACUGUGCGAUCAUUCGUUGAUAUCUUCCGCUCCGGAAGGGUCAGGGCCAGGCAGUUAUUGCGUCCACCGCCUUGUUCAAACAGUUCAAAAAGACUUCCUUCUGUAUGGGGCAAGAGAGGACACAGCAGCUAAAGUAGUUUCUCCAGCGCUGGCUGCUGCGGCAGAGCUUUUCGACUUUGACCUUCAGAAUGUGAAGGCUGCCAAGGAGGACUCUGCACCAUUUUAUUCAAGCAUGGUCCUGCACGUAAGGCAGAUUGCGACGUUUGCCCGGGACUUCGAUCCUCAGCAUGAAAGCAUUGACGUGGCAAGCCUCGCUGCGGUGUUGAUGUCCCUUGCAGAGUACUUGUUUGAAGUCGUUCGCGAAGAGAAGGAAGCUGUAGAUCUUCUGCUGAAAGCGUUGUGCUUGGAUUUAGCGCCGUUGCGCGUGCUCAAACUCAGGGCGACGUGUUUGCUUGCUAAGUUUUCCCUUCAGGCUAAUUUCAAAACUAAGCAGCAGCGGCUCGAACAAUUGGAAGAUGCUGUGCUGCAGCUGUCGGAUGAGGACUGCUACGGGCUAAGAGUGGAGGCCCUGGGCACAGCGGCAGUGAUAUAUGCUUACUCUGGGCAGAUCCCGGAGGCUCAAGAGCGCUUGAGCCGCUGCGAUGCAAUUGUGGGCAAGCACCUUCGGCCUCAGGGGCCUUCCUUGGCAGAAGCAAGUUUUCAAGAAGCAGUGAGCGUGGUCGCAGAUUUGGGCGGGGACAUGCAGACAGCAUGUGAUGCCAGCCGGCGCAUGUACGAAACUCGACUUGCACUGCUAGGCUCCAAAUCCAUGCUCACCUUGCACGCAUUGCGGGGCCAUGUUAUGGACUGUGCCAUUGUUCGCCCCGAGGAGGGCAUGUCCAUGGGAGAAGAUCUGGUCAGGUUUACAGAGGCGUUGAUGGGAGCGGACCACCAUGACACGGGCUUCGCAUAUCGCGUGUUGGCAGAGUGCGCAUAUGAGGCAGAGUGCUUCAAGCGGGCGAAGGAAUGCUGUGAUGCUGCACGGAAGGUCUCGACUCAAGCAUAUUUUCAAUCUCGGGUGGAUACCGUUUACGCAGCAGUCUUAAUUGACUCUUGGUCUGCUGACGCGGGAGAUGCGAUGGCACAGCAGGCAGUGGAAUUGCAGGAGAGAUGCCUCAAGGAGAUAAUCAACACUGACGGGGAUUCUAGCAGUCGCCUGAUUCAAGCAUACUCCAGACUUGCCAUUGCAAGGGUGCACAUGGGGAAGCAUAUUGAAGCCAAGCAGGCUGCAGAACGCGCAAUGGAAGUAUUGCGCAGUUCAUCAGCUGCCUUCCAACAGAAAGCACAUUUCGCAUACAUUGGCAUGGCCGAAGCUUGUGUGCAUGAUGGCGUUGGGCAAGCCGAGAAAUGGUACAAGCAGCUAGAAGACCAUCUCAGGCAGUGGCCUCCAGAGCACCCUAUGCAUCAGCAUGUCAGCCGCCAUGUGGAACGAUCCAAGCAACGAAGCGGCCGGCUCUUGCUCAGAACUGUCGGAACGAAUGGAGUUUGUCUGCGAUCGCAGACCUGGUAUGCAACCGGAUGUUUCACUUGGCAUGGCAGGACUGUCGUGAACGAAGACAUAUCGGACGCCGGAUGGCAGCAUGUUUGA